AUGCCCAUUGUGCGACCCGAAGCGCAUUCAAUCGCGCCUGCGGACCCCGACAGCAGUUUUACGGUGGUCUCGCAACAGCACGCUCUGCCUCGGCCCAGGAGCGAAUGUCCGAUCACCGACCAGCGACUGCGUUCGUCCAACCUGAUGAUGCCUCGCAAGUCGCCGCCUCGGUCCAAACCUCCGCCGAUCGAACAUCCACUGCUCAGCAAGUACACUUGCCCAAUCUGCUUUGAUGCGCCUAAGAAUCUCGUGGUCACACCGUGUGGCCACUUUUUCUGUGGCGAGUGCCUCUUCCAGGCGCUCAAGACUCAAGCUGUACAGCGCGGAGCCAUGGAAGACGUCGAUUUUGGCAACAUCUUCUCGCCGUUUGCCCCUGCAGGCAUGUUUGGCGCAGCGCAAGGCGGACCAGGUCGAGGAGGAGCAACAGCUGGGGGAGGACGUGGUCGUGGAGGGGGUGCAGGUGGCAGUCGUGGCGGCAAUAGCGGAGGGGGUCGAGGCAGGAAUAAACCGGAUCCUUUGGCGGGUCAGUGCCCCGUAUGCCGAGCCAAGAUCAAGGGGGCCUUCAACGGUCGAGAGAAAAACGGUAUUGUCGGACUACGUCUGAUGAUGGGAGCACCGGUUAACGAUCCACGCGAAGAAAACGGAAAGAUGAAGAGCGACGUGAAUGAGAUGGACGGCGACUCAAGCAGCAGUCCAAGCGGAUCGGAAGACGACGAAGCUGUUCUUCCAACGAGGAACCAAGCAAGGUCACUUGGCGUCGAAGAGGGUGCAGAAAAGAAGCUGGCGGAGAGGCAGUCCCCCCGAGCGAGCCGACGAGGACAACGUUCAUCGAACAAGGCAUCGGGCUUGAUUGGCCGGCAGUCUUCCAAGACACAGGGCGAAGAUUCGGCCGUGAAGAAAAGGCGACGCGAAAGCUCGGACACCUCAGCGACUCCGGCCGAAUAG